UCGCCGCAGCAGAAUGGGAGUUCCGAGACAUUCUUUCCGACGACCUCCAAAACCACCCACCGCCAUACCAAACGCACCAACACGAGAUCAUGGAAAAACUAGGUUCAAAGCCGACCUUCCGAGCACCAUACCGACUCAACCCUAUAGAUCUAGCCGAUAUGAAGAAACAGAUCGAGAAUCUCCUCGAAAAAAUACUCAUCUGACCAUCUACCUUACCGUACGGUGCCCCACUAGACUUCACACCGAAACCGGACGAAAGCCUGCGCAUGUGCAUCGAUUGUCGAGCACUCUACAAGCAGAUAAUAAAAAACAAAAUACCCGAUUCCACGGAGCCACGGUAUUCUCCAAACUGGAUUUGCAGUUCGGAUACUGGCAGAUACGCAUGGCGGACAACUCCAUCUACCAAGCUGCCUUCCGAACUCGUUACGGAUCGUACGAAUAUCUGGUAAUGCCAUUCGGACUCACCAACGCCCUGUCAACCUUCCAAGCCGAAAUAAACCAUAUUUUAUGCCCACUACUAGACAAUAUUCUCAUUUACUUGCACGAUAUGAAGCAGCACGUUGAACAUCUGCGAUGUGUCUUAAAAAAACUUCGACGAGAACGCUUCUACAUCAACUUAUCCAAGAGCGAAUUCUUCCUCAAGUAGGUCCAACUCCUAGGACAAAUAG